AUGGCGAUGACAAGCUACGGCGCCCUUUCGAUGGCAAGCAUUGGAAGGAUUAUUGGAGACCGACGAACAGGACGCGCCCGUCCCUGCCCCACGCGCCGCCGGCCGAAUCCCUGGCCAAAUCCGCCGCCGCCGGCCAAAUCCACCGCCGCCGGCCGACACCGCCCCUGCCCCCGCCCCUCCCCUGCCCCUGGCCCGCCCCUCCCCUGCCCCACGCGCCGCCGACCAAAUAUCCCCGGCCAAAUCCGCCGCCGCCGGCCAAAGCCGCCGCCGUCGGCCGACUCUCGAGGACGUACACACCAGGACGGGCCCGACGCAUACACCAACACUGCCGCCUACGAGAAGAUGUCCGCGUACGCCACUGCAGCUCGCACACGCCAUGGGGAUGACUUCGACCUUACCACCGAGCCACUGGACACGGACUUGCUCAUGAGGACGGGAGGAGGGAAGCAGCACGGCCGGUACAUGAUUGCCCACAGCGCAAUCAACCCGGCCACCGUACCCACGCUCCGCGAGGUUCGGCAGGGGAGCAGCUCGACCUCCGACGUCCCCAUACGGCCUCGUCAGCCGAGCUCCGUGCAGCAAAUGGCUGCGAUGCAGACGGCGUUUCAGUCACAGAUAGAGGAGUUGCGGGCCAGACAGGAUGAGCUACAUGAGGCUCAUCGGCGAGAGCUGGCGGCCAGAGACGAGGCCCAUCGGCGCCACAUGGAGGCACAACAGCAGCACACGCAGCGUCAGAUAUCGGACCUAGUUGGAUACUUCCAGUCCAUCUAGAGCUCUACAGCGCCUCCGCUGCCUGCCUCGCUCUUCGCUCCACCCCCUGUUCCACCCCCUGUUCCUGCCCCUGCAGGCAGUCCGCAUCAGUCGUGGGGUUCGAACCCGACCCCUUCUCCAGGCAGUGGGUGGCAGGUUACUACUUAUGGCCACCCAAGUACGCAGCACACGUGGCCUGGUGCCCAUCCGCAGCACGGCCACCCCGGGUUGUCCGGCAGCCCUCCUCCGCGCCCCGGGUACUCGUACCCGUACCCGUCGGUGCCAGGGCAGGCCAUGUGGGCGCCGUGGGCAGGUGCGAGCUUUCCACACCCUGGGGGGCACUCACCCUGGUCGGCUUGGCCAAAUGGGGGCUCGGGACACGACGGAGGCCACGGCGACGACGGGUCAGAGUCACAGCACUAGGGGUGAGGCGCUAGCGACUUCGAGGAGUGAUAUUCAUGUGGACUUGUGGUUUAUGUUAUGAACUUGUGGUUUAUGUUAUGAACUUAUGUUUUAUGUUGGACGUAAUGUUAGAUUUGUCAUAUCUAUGUGGAUUUGUGAUAUCUGUGGACUUCGAUAUGUUUCAUGUGUGAUAUAUAUGUGGAUUGUGAUAUA